GCGCUCCUCUAUCAGCUCAUCUCGUAGGACGUUCGCCUUUUUUAUACUCAGAACCCCCACGGUUCAUAUCCCACCAAUCAGCCCUCUGCACGGGCACAUUCGCUGUAGAAAUAACCGUACUAUAACACUAUUCGGUCAACCAGAAACAAGGCAAGAAUCUUCCUCUGCCCUAGCUUCGUCUUAUCACGUAGAGAAAACGGCUCCACGCGACGCUGAAAGAUAUUCCAGAACGUCAGAAGCUGGCCGUGGCGACACUGAGGCAGGUUCUCUUCGAUCAAUAUGGUGGAUGAGUCAGCCUCGUGUUCAAUUCACUUAGUCCGAACAGGAAAGAGGGGCUUUGGUUCCUCCAAAUCGUUCACCAUCGCCAGAUCCAGUUGAUAGUGGUCCAGAUGGGACUCGUUGAUCUACCCACCGAGUUGAUACUGAGCAUCGCAGAGUCUAUUGACUCGCAGACAGAUCUGAGCCAUCUGAGCCAGGCAAACUCGCAGCUCUACCGCACUGUUGAGAAUUAUCGCUACACCUACAACGUCAAGCAUGAUGGCUGUUCGGCUCUUUUUUGGGCUGCAUUUUGGGGCCAUGAAAGGAUAGUGCGCCUAUGCUUGCAAAAUGGAGCACCAAUCGACAUUCAGGCCAAUGAGGAGGAUGUGCGAUACAAGGAAUGCGCUGGCGCGACUCCGCUAAAUCUCGCUGCGUCUCAAGGACACGAGUCUACUGUCCGCCUGCUGGUCGGGAGGGGCGCCGGAAUCGAGCGACAGUGUAGCAAGGGCAAGACCCCGCUGCAAGUAGCCGCACUCAGUGGAAACCAAGCAGUCAUCUCAUUCCUCCUGGAGAGCGGCGCGGAUGUGAAUGCGCAGGAUUUCAAGGGAUAUACGCCCUUGAUCGCGGCUGUCACCGCCAGAAACGAGGCCGUGGUCCUCCAACUGCUUCAAAACGGAGCCUCCGCCAACGUGAAAGACCAUUUGGGAUAUUCUCCCCUGCUCCACGCGAUUGCGCAUUUCACGGACAGCAUCGCAAAGCUGUUGGUCAAGCACGGAGCCGACAUCCACGUCAAUGACGGGCAGGGGUGGAAUCCACUGAUGGUCGCAGCACAAGAGGGGAACACGAGCAUCAUCCCAUUCCUGGUCGCAAAAGGCGCCGAUGUCAAUUGCCAAGCCGAAAACGGAACAACAGCGUUGGAAUAUGCUGUGGCCGCUGACAGGGAAGAUGCCGUCAAGGUACUGAUCGCGCACGGGGCAAAUGUCAACACAAGGGGGGGUAAUGGCCUGACGCCUCUGAUGUGGGCCUGUCGCGACAGCCGGGCUGAGAUCGUGUUCAUUCUCGUCGAAGCAGGCGCCGAUGUGAACGCACAGCAGGAUAACGGCAUGGCUUCUCUGCACUUCGCCGCCAGAAGGGGACACGACACGAUCAUCCGCAUUCUAGUCGCAAACGGUGCAGACAUGGAGACCAGGGACCGCCACGGCUGGACGCCGCUGAUAUACGCCGCUGAAAAGGGGAUACAUGAGGCCGUCGAGGUCCUCCUCGAGCACGGGUGCCAUAUCGAUGCGACGAGUGCCGAUGGGCAAACCGCCUUGAUGGUUGCAAUUGUGUACAAUAAUCCUUCAGUGGCGGAGUUGCUGAUCAAAAAGGGGGCCGAUUUCACUCUCAAAGACCCCUACUGGCACACCGCGAUGAGCCUAGCAGCAUCCAGAGGCAACGAGCACAUCAUCAGAGUGCUCAUUGAGCGGGGCGCCGAUGUCAAUACCGCGACAAAGGACCAGUGGACGGUGCUAAUGUGGUUCGCCGUCAUGGGCUUUGAUUCCAUGAUAGAGUAUCUGAUUGGAAAGGGAGCCGACGUGGAUGCACAGAAUGCGAAAGGCUGGUCUGCGCUCAAUCUUGCAUCCAGAGAAGGCCGCGCAACGACUGUCAAGGUUUUGAUCGACCACGGCGCUGACCUUGAAUCGAGGGCGAACGAGGGAUGGACGCCGCUCAUGUCUGCUGCGCAGAAGGGUAGCGAGCCGGUCAUCAGGCUGCUCUUCGAGGCAGGCGCUGAUGUCCAUGCGAAGAAUGACAAGGGCAAGACCGCGGUCAUCUUGGCCGGUAAGAAUUUACACAGUCGGACAAUGGCUGUUGUGGCUUUACUCAGGGACUAUGGGCGCAAAGUCGAUCAACAGGGACGUUGCAAGCAGUAA